AUGACUUCACGAUACAGAGUCGAAUAUGCUCUCAAGACCCAUAGGCGAGACCAACUGAUAGAAUGGAUCAAGGGCCUCCUCGCAGUGCCGUUUGUGCUUCACUCGCAGCCCCAGGGCGUGUUCCUCGGCAGAGACCACGCCCCAAGCCUCGAGCACAUGGCCGAGGAGUCGGCACGGAGGUACGCCGAGAUCAUGCGCGACGUCGAGGUCAUGAUAGACGACCACAUCAGCCUGCAGGACGAGGGCUCGCCGCUGCCGUCCAAGCUCAAGCUGCUGGUGCCGACGGUCGGCACCUUCUUCACGCGGCUGCCGCUCGAGGCCGCCUUCAAGUUCCAGGACCGCAAGCGCUACAUCUCGAGCCGGCGCUUCGUGUCGCCCUCGUUCAACGACGUGCGCCUCAUCCUCAACUCGGCCCAGAUCAUGGCCGUCACCACCUACAGCUCGCUGCAGCUCGCCACCUUCGACGGUGACGUGACCCUCUACGACGACGGCCAGUCGCUCGAGCCCACCAGCCCCAUCGUGCCGCGCCUGCUGGACCUGCUGCGGCGCAACGUGCGCAUCGGCAUCGUCACGGCGGCCGGGUACACGACCGCCGACCGGUACUACGCGCGGCUGCACGGGCUCCUGGACGCGAUGGCGGCGACGGCGGACCUGUCGCCGGCACAGAAGGCCAACCUGCUGGUCAUGGGCGGCGAGGCCAACUACCUGUUCGCGUUCGACGCGUCGGCGGGGCCGCACCUGCUGCGCCAGGUGCCGCGGGCCGAGUGGCUGACGCCCGAGAUGGCGGCGUGGUCCGAGGCCGACAUCGCCGCGCUGCUGGACGACGCCGAGGCCGCGCUGCGCGAGUGCGUCAAGUCCAUGAACCUGCCCGCCGUGCUCAUGCGCAAGGACCGCGCCGUCGGCAUCAUCCCCGACCCGCCCAGCGUGCGCAUCCCCCGCGAGUCCCUCGAGGAGACGGUCCUCGUCACGCAGAAGAUCCUCGAGCUCAGCUCUGCCGGCCGCGCCAAGAGGGUGCCCUUCUGUGCUUUCAAUGGCGGCCGGGACGUCUUCGUCGACAUCGGCGACAAAUCCUGGGGCGUGAACGUGUGCCAGAGGUACUUCGAGAAGCAGUCGCACGGCAGCAGCGGCAGCAGCAGCAGCAGCAGCAAGCUGCACUUCGGGCCCGAGAACACGCUGCACGUGGGCGACCAGUUCCUCAGCGCGGGCGCCAACGACUUCCGCGCCCGCAGCGUGGGCACCACGGCGUGGAUCGCCAGCCCAGAGGAGACGGUCGACCUCCUGGACGAGCUGGGCGACCUAAUGUACAAGAAGCUGACCUGA